AUCAUGUCUGGACGUGGUAAAGGAGGCAAAGUUAAGGGAAAGUCAAAGACCCGUUCCAGCAGGGCUGGACUUCAAUUCCCGGUCGGUCGUAUUCACCGAAUGCUACGAAAGGGCUCGUACGCUGAACGUGUUGGUGCCGGUGCGCCUGUCUACUUGGCCGCAGUUAUGGAGUACCUGGCCGCUGAGGUUCUCGAGUUGGCCGGUAACGCUGCCAGAGACAACAAGAAGACCCGUAUUAUUCCUCGUCAUUUACAGUUGGCCAUCAGAAAUGACGAAGAGUUGAACAAGCUUCUCUCUGGAGUUACUAUUGCUCAGGGUGGUGUGUUGCCCAACAUUCAAGCUGUUCUGUUGCCCAAGAAGACUGACAAACCGGCUAAGGCUUAAUUUCUCUUCUGCUUGUACGCAAACGGCCCUUUUC